AUGCAUCAACAAUUAUACCAAAAGGUCUCACAAAGGAUUCAAAAUAAACGUCAACGUCGACAUGAAAGGAAACAAUAUAUACAAUCACUAUUAACCGCAACAAAUGAUGAAGACGAAAAGGCAGACGAAGAAAUAUUACAAGAACAAGAACAAUCAAAUUUGGCUGACGUUCAUCCAGAAUUAAGUGACGUUGAAAAUCUUUUUUUGGUCGACGAAUAUCAUGAUGAGGAUGACGAAGAAUCCCAAUUCUUGACUACACUUUAA